AUGCAAUCAUCCACUCGUCACAAUCAUCCAGCACGUAUUCAACACAUUCUCAAUCACUUGAAUCCACCACCAUCAUUGAAUGUCUGUCAUCAUUCAGAUUCGGAGGAUCAUGCUUCCAUGAAUCAUCCUGUCAUUCAAUGGAAUACCACCUCUGCAGAAUCACAAAACAACACUUGUGUCAUUUAUCAACAAGCCAAUUCCGAAUCAGGUGGUAUUGUUGUCUUGUAUUUGAAUGAUGGUCCAGUCAAUGCUCUCUCUGAUCGAAUGCUCAAAGCAAUUAAAAUGAAUAUGGAACGUGCCAACAAUGAUGAUCAAUGUAAAGGUGCUGACAUUACUGAAAUUAGAAAGAGACAAGUCAAACAGAGUAGUGGUAGCAAUGACAAGGGUGAAUUCUUAGAUUUUCUUAAAAAUGGAAAUUCUUUAAUGAAUUUCAUUGAAAAUUCACCCAAGAACAAACCAGUGGUAGCUUGUAUUGAUGGUGUUGCACUUGGAGGUGGUCUUGAACUUGCAAUGGCAUGCAAUGGAAGAGUAUGUACUGAGAAUUCAACUUUGGGAUUACCUGAAACCAAUUUAGGAAUAAUUCCAGGUUAUGGUGGAUGUAAUCGACUUCCUCGUCUCGUCGGAACCAGAACAGCAUUAGAAAUGAUGAUUAGUACUCAACCUGUGAAAGGAAAACAAGCUCAAUCCUUGGGUCUCGUGGACGUAUGUGUUGUGGAUUCGAGUUCUGCUCUCUCUGCUGCUCAUCAAUUGUGUUUGGAAAUGAUUCAAGGUCAACGUGCCAUUCGUAAGACUCUUCAAUUCUCUCAAAAGUUAUUACAAGAAGAUGAUUCAUUGAAUCUUGUGAAUGCAGUUGAGAGUAAAUUAGAUGCCAUUCAAUCCAAAUUACCACAUCUCAAAGCAUUACUCAGAGUCGUACGUGAGACUGUUCAAUUCCCAUGCAAUGGAUUGUAUGGACUUGAUGUUGAAAUGAAAGAAUUUGCAGGAAUUGCCAAUCAACCCAUUUCACGUGGAAUGGUUCAUUACUUUUUAGCUCAAAAAGCAACCACAAAAUUACCAAAACGUUUAUUAACCGCCAAUUCUAAUAAUACUACUACGACUACAACUACUACCAAUAGUGGACAUAUCAAAUCCUUAGCAGUGAUUGGAGGUGGUACAAUGGGUGCCAACAUUGUGGUGAAUGCAUUGGAGAAUGGUAUUCGAGUCAUUUUGAAGGAAAUUAAUCAAGAUGCAUUGAAGGCUGGUAUGGAACGUAUUCGUAAAGUGUUCCAAUCUAAAUUGGAUCGAAAGAAAAUGACUCAACAACAAUUUGACAAGAUCUUUUCUCAACAAUUGGUGGGUCAAAUUACAUUUGAUUCAUUCAAUCAAGUCGAUAUGGUCAUUGAAGCUGUUUUAGAAAUUGUUGAAUUGAAACAAAAGAUAUUCCUUGAUUUGGAAAAGCAUUGCAAUGACAAGUGUAUUCUUGCAACAAACACUAGUACGAUUGAUUUGAAUAGAAUUUCUGAAAAGAUGCAAUCCAAGAAUCGAUCUCGUGUGAUUGGUCUUCACUAUUUCACACCAGCACAUGUAAUGCCAUUAUUGGAAAUUGUAAGAACGGAACAUACAUCACCACAAGUAUUGAUGACUUCACUUUCAUUUGCUAAACAAGUGAAGAAGACUCCAGUCGUUGUUCUCAAUGUUGUUGGUUUUGCAGUGAAUAGAAUAUUUUGGCCAUAUGGUAUUGCAGCUCAAUAUUUAGUAGAACGUGGAUUGAGUCCUUAUCAAAUUGAUAAGGCAAUUAGUCAGAGUGUGAUGCGUGUUGGAUUCUUUACAAUGGCUGAUAUGUCUGGUCUUGAUGUUCUCAAUUAUGCCUCUCAAUCCAUUGCUGGUGCUUACAAGGAGAGAGCAAAGGAUUCUCCAUUCACUAAACUCAUGAUUGAAGCAAAGAGAUUGGGUGAAAAGACCAAUAUUGGUAUCUAUAAAUAUGAUGCUAAUGGAAAGAAAACUCCAGAUCCAGAAGGAAUGGAACCAAUUAUUGCUCAAGUAAGAAAAGCUGCUAAAUCUCCAUCUCCUUUGAAUUACACAGAUAAGGAUAUUUAUGAAGCAUGUUUAUUCAAUGCUGUGAAUGAGGCUUGUAGAGUCAUUGAAGACAAAGUGGUAUUUAGAGUGAGUGAUAUUGAUGUUGCGAGUGUAAUGGCAAUGGGAUUUAUGCACUUCUAUGGAGGUCUUAUGAAAUGGGCAGAUGAGCUUGGAGCAAAAUAUGUUUAUGAUCGAUUGAACAAAUUUUAUCAAGACAGUGAUGGAAAGAUUGUUUCAUUUAAGCCUUGUCAAUAUUUGACUCAUUGUGCGACUAAUAAUUUGAGUUUGUACAGUGCUGAUUCUGAAUUGAUGCAAUAA